GGUGACUCAUCUGAGGAAGUUGACCUGACCAUGGUCUAUCAGGCAGCAUCUAACGGAGAUGUCAAUGCUCUGACUGCAGUGAUUCGAGAAGACCCAUCCAUCCUAGAAUGCUGUGACAGCGAAGGAUGUACGCCCUUGAUGCAUGCGGUUUCUGGACGUCAGCUGGACACAGUGAAGCUGCUGUUGAAGAUGGGAGCCAACAUUAACACACAGGACGCCUAUGGCCGCACGAGUUUAUGCCUGGCCACCUACCUGGGUUGGCUGGAAGGCUGUGUGAGUCUGCUCAGAAAUGGUGCCAAGCACAAUAUACCGGAUAAAAACGGCCGUCUGCCACUGCACGCUGCCACUGCUGAGCCUGACGUGAGGCUCCUAACAGUCCUGUUGCAACAGUCGGAUCUCGGUGAGAUUAAUCACCAGGACAGUGAGGGAAUGACACCACUCCACUGGGCAGCUUUCCACAACCGGCCUCAACACAUCCAAAUGCUGUUGAAGAAGGGAGCAGACCUCACCCUUGUGGAUAAAGACUUUAAAACGGCUCUCCACUGGGCGGUCCAGAGUGGAAAUAGAAUUCUGUGUUCCAUCAUUCUGAGCCAUCACCAGGGCCCAUCCAUAAUCAACCAUGACGAUGAGAGCGGGAAGACAUGUGUACACAUCGCCGCGGCAGCAGGUUUCAGCGACAUUAUUAACGAACUGGCAAGAGUCCCUGAGUGUAACCUGCAGGCUCUGGAUGUGGAUGACAGGACACCUCUGCACUGGGCUGCAGCUGCAGGGAAGGCAGAAUGUGUCCAGUCACUGCUGGAGCUGGGCAUGGACAGCAACCUGCGGGAUAUCAAUGAGAGUACGCCCCUUGCCUAUGCCCUCUACUGCGGUCACUCGGCAUGUGUCAAACUCCUCUCCCAAGAGAGCAGAACAGAGCCUACUCGACCCCUUCCCUCCCAGAACAGCAGACCUCAGAAGAAGGAGGGACGGUUCAGCAUGCUCAACCAAAUCUUCUGCAAAAACAAGAAAGAAGAGCAGCAAGCCCAUCAGAAGGAUCACAACAGGGACCGAUUCCGGGGGGAGGACACUUCGGAAGUUGAUGACAUCAUCACCACCUUUGACAGCCUCGUGGAUACCAACUGCCAAGAACAGCCUGGGGAUCAGGUGGCUAUGGUUGAAUUUAAGAAAAGGACCCCAGAGAAUCCAAAAUAUCUCUUGCCAGAAAAGAAACCUCUGGCCCGUAAGGGGCUUCCACCAAUCAGAACGCAGAGUCUCCCACCCAUCAACCUGGGCAAUAACUUCCUGACAGCCUCCCACGGGGCCACUUCCCAUGCUGGCCUAAGCUCUGGUCCUCAUCAUACUGCCCAGAGAUCUCAGAAAAGUCGAAGUGAGCAGGAUUUGUUAAAUAACAGAACUGGCUGCCAGACAUUGCUAGAUAAUGCCUGGAGGGGUGAUUCUAACCAGGUAUUCUCCUACAAGGCUUGGACUGUGUCUUCUUCUGAUAAGCUGCCAGACAGAUUGCUCACUGGCCGGUCUGGUCACCAUGAGGUCUCAGGGCCACCACAUCUUCCUCAUCUACAUAAUCCUUCAUCAGGACAAAAUUUUCAGCAUCUCUCCCCAAACAGACCCAAAAUCAGGGAUCUUCCUGUCCCUCGGAACAACCUAGCUCCCCUACCAGACCAAAAAUUUCUAUCUGGAGAACCUCUAUGGACAAACCGAGUGCUUCCUGCUAUUCCAAGUCACCGGGGACACAGAAUGCCAGCUGACGAGAGUGAACACUUGGCCGAUCCCAAUGAUGAAAAUUAA